GAUGUAGGGCCAUGUUUUGUAUUUUUGGUAGGCCUCUUGUGUGAAGAAAAAUAUAAAAAUUUAAUGUUUACCAACAUGGAAGCCAAACUUGCAGAAUACAGAGCAAAGAAAGCAAAAGAAAAACAGUUUGAAAACUCAUUAAUCUCUAAAUUGAAAAAUAACUUGACACAUAGAUUUAGGUGGAAGGAGGUAAAAGAUCUUACUCCAGAACCCAGCAAUAUUUCUUUAGAACAUUCAGAUAAACAAGCCCAAUUGGAAUCAAAGAAAAGCAAAUUCAAACUUGAGGAUGUGGAUGAUAUAGUUUCUGUGGCAGAACUCAGCAAAAGGACCUCUACUACUGAAUGGCUUUUGAGGAUUUUAAAAUUCCUUCUUUGGCUUACAUUAUGGGGCUUAUUUGUUGAACUUCAAUUUGGUGCUGUAUUCUUUACAAUAUCAGUUUUGUUGUUUAUUUAUGUCAAUACCAGAACAGGCCCAAAAGAUAAUAGACCAAGUGCCUAUUCUGUAUUCAACAAAGACUGUGAAAGAAUUCAUGGAACUCUAACAGCUGAACAAUUACAGAAACAGAUGUUCAGUGUACCGGGCCUUCCUGCUUGAAAACUUGUUAAGUUUUGAAAACUGCAAAUGAUUGCUUAACAGAAAUUAAAUUUAUCGUGUUGGUGCUUUCAUGUUUGAAUUGAGCACAUAGGUUUAUUUUGAUUUUUAUAAUCCAUGGUUAACUCUAUUCAGGAAAAAAUGAAUUUGGUGAUGGACGUUUUAAAUAUUUUUAGGCAGUAUGUGCAACCUAUACAUUUACCGUUUAAUUUUAUCAAAUAAGAAAUUCGUUUUUUUGUUUCAAAUAUUUUUUGGAUUGUGGGAAUAUUUAGAAUGAUAAAUUAAAUAAAAAUUGGACAAUAAUGAAUAAGGUAUGAUAUGAGUUCAUUUGUCUUGUGGCAGUUACCUACUUGCAAGUAAUAUAUUGCCAUUCAUUUAAA